CACAGCUGGAAGGAUAAUAAGAUGCGCAUGAAUUUACUAUCUAAAAUUUCAGAUUCGAGAAACUAAACUGGCUUUCUCUCCGACAAACGCGUUUGAAAUGUUGUAGUUGUAGUCAAGGAAACCAAACUUCGGCUCGUUCAAGUUCGACAUCGCCUGCUUCUGAGUUGAUGAAAGUUUCUUCGGUCCAGUUACGAUGGAAAGAAAUGUGCCGUCCGCCGACUGGGAAGUGACCGGGAACCUUUGGUCUGCAGGGAUUACGGACUUGGGUAGAGGCAAUGAGCACCUGGUAAAGCUAUGAAGUUCCUCUUUGUGACUUUACUGCGACUUUCUGAGAGACUCUUCCCCAUCACCUGUCUGGACAGUAAAAGGAUAUUCCAUCUUCACUCUGGUGACUCACUCUCUAAUGAGGACCGAAGAUUCAUCGUACAAAGGAUCUACCUACAAACAUCAUCAAAGCUCUUUUAAUUUAGUUUUUUAAAGUCGCCGUCAGAAGGUCCCCUCAUGUCUGCCUCUUCUCCAACGUCCUUACCUCGAGCCUUCCCCCAUGCUCUCCACUCCCUCCACACGGCUUUGCUCCCGUCCCCGUCCCCAUCGCCGAGCCCACCUGGGGUGCUCUACACGCGGCUGUCGAACGGCAGCCACAGCGCCCCCAGUCCCACCAACUCCAGGGGCUCUUUCCAUGGAGUGUCCUUUCUGCUGCAGAUUGGACUGACACGAGAGACAGUCAACCUGGAGGCUAGUGACCUGUCUCUGUCUGCUGUCAAAGACUUGGUGUGCUCCAUAGUGGAUCAGAAGUUCCCGGAGUGUGGCUUCUUUGGCAUGUACGACAAGAUCCUGCUGUUCCGCCAUGACUUGAGUGACGAGAACAUUCUGCAGAGGCUGACCUCGGCUGAAGACAUCCAUGAAGGAGACCUCAUAGAGGUGGUGCUCUCAGCUCAAGCCACAGUUGAAGACUUCCAGAUUCGACCCCAUGCCCUCUACGUCCACUCCUACAAAGCCCCCACCUUCUGUGACUACUGUGGCGAGAUGCUGUGGGGUCUCGUUCGACAGGGGCUCAAAUGUGAAGGAUGUGGGCUCAACUACCACAAGCGCUGCGCCUUUAAGAUACCCAACAACUGUACCGGUGUCAAGAAGAGGCGAUUGUCUAACGUCUCUCUGCCAGGACCGUCUCUCUCCAUCCCCAGACCGGUACCUGUAGAGAAUUCGGUGGAGGUCGUGGAUGAGCAGAGGUCCCACCAGGAGGCAGGGAAGCGGAUUCUGUCCUGGAGUGGUCGGCCCAUCUGGAUGGAGAAGAUGGUGCUCGGGCGAGUCAAGGUUCCGCACACUUUUGCCAUUCACACCUAUAGGCGUCCCACCAUCUGCCAAUACUGCAAGCGGCUGCUGAAAGGCCUCUUUCGACAAGGCAUGCAGUGCAAAGACUGCAGGUUCAACUGCCACAAGCGAUGUGCUUCAAAGGUACCAAGAGACUGUUUAGGAGAGGUGGACUUCAAUGGAGAGCCGGCCAGUCCAGGCCCAGACUCAGACACCACCAUGGACACCAUGGAGGUGGACAGCAGUGACAUGGACAGUGGCAGAGGACUGGACGAUCCAGAGGAGCCUUCUACACCAGAUGAGAGGAUGUUUGACCUGGACUCACCUUUCUUGGACAGGGAGAAAGAUGAGGAGCCCAUAAAAGCUAUCAGCCCUUCAACCAGCAGCAACAUCCCCUUGAUGCGGGUGGUCCAGUCCAUCAAACAUACCAAGAGGCGGAGCUCCACUGUGGUGAAGGAGGGAUGGAUGGUCCACUACACAAGCCGUGACAACCUGAGGAAGAGACACUACUGGAGGCUGGACAGCAAGAGUCUGAGUCUCUUUCAGAACGACACAGGAGCCAAGUUCUAUAAAGAGAUCCCACUGUCGGAGAUCCUUCAGGUGGAGCAGUGCCGGGACUUCAACAACCUGGCCCAGGGCAGCAACCCGCACUGCUUUGAGAUCAUCACAGCCACCAUGGUCUAUUACGUCGGAGAGAAUAACGCCGGCCACUACCACAACCCUGCUCUCGCAGCCUCGGGGGUUGGCAUGGACGUGGCACAAGGGUGGGAGAAGGCCAUCAGGCAAGCGCUGAUGCCAGUCACCCCUCAGCCCAGCGUGGCAAGUACUGCUGGCAAAGAUCACAAAGAGCUGUCCAUCAGUAUAUCGGUGUCCAACUGCCAGAUCCAGGAGAAUGUGGAUAUUGCUUCUGUUUACCAAAUAUUCUCCGAUGAAGUGCUGGGGUCGGGUCAGUUUGGUAUCGUCUACGGAGGCAAACACAGGAAGAGUGGGAGGGAUGUGGCCAUCAAGGUCAUCGAUAAGAUGCGAUUUCCCACCAAGCAGGAGAGCCAGCUGAGGAACGAGGUGGCCAUAUUGCAGAACCUGCAUCACCCGGGGAUCGUCAACCUGGAGUGCAUGUUCGAGACCCCGGAGCGGGUGUUCGUUGUCAUGGAGAAGCUUCAUGGCGACAUGUUGGAAAUGAUCCUGUCCAGCGAGAAAAGCAAGCUGCCCGAAAGAAUCACCAAGUUCCUGGUGACGCAGAUCCUGGUGGCCCUCAGACAUCUGCACUUCAAAAAUAUCGUCCAUUGUGACCUGAAGCCUGAGAACGUCCUGCUGGCCUCGGCAGAGCCGUUUCCUCAGGUGAAACUGUGCGACUUUGGCUUCGCCCGCAUCAUCGGCGAGAAGUCGUUCCGGCGGUCGGUGGUGGGCACCCCAGCGUACCUGGCCCCGGAGGUGCUCCGCAGUAAAGGCUACAACCGGUCUUUGGACAUGUGGUCGGUGGGCGUCAUCGUGUACGUGAGCUUGAGUGGGACAUUCCCCUUCAAUGAGGACGAGGAGAUCAACGAACAGAUCCAGAACGCUGACUUCAUGUACCCGCCCACUCCCUGGAGAGACAUCUCCACAGAGGCCACAGAUCUGAUCAACAAUCUCCUCCAAGUGAAGAUGAGGAAGAGGUACAGCGUGGACAAGUGUCUCAGCCAUCCCUGGUUACAGGACUACCAGACCUGGCUGGACCUCCGGGAGUUCGAGACGCGGCGAGGGGAACGCUACAUCACCCAUGAGAGUGACGACGCUCGCUGGGAGGAGUUUGCUGAUGAGCACAGCCUCGUGUACCCCAAACACUUCAUCAUGGCCCCCAACCUGGAUGACAUGGAGGAGGACCCCUAGUGGCACAAAUUAGUUCAUACACCACAUGUAUCAAAGACAAGAAAGAGGGUGCCGCAGUGUCACACCAGAACUGGAAAGUGAAAGUGGCCGAUCCGACGGAGUUCUCUCCCAGGCAGGCUCCUUUUGUUUAAGUGUGUAGCACGACGUGCCGCAUCAAGCUGGACUUUUGCCAAAGUCAAUUUUGGAAAAUAAUAUUUUGAGGAGCGUACUGAAGGAACAAAGGGCACUUCUACAAGGGAUCGAGUGUCUGGGAGCCACGCGUGCUCUGCCAUCCGCUAAUGUGAGACUGUCCUGUAACAUGAAACUGGAACUCUCUGAACUGUCCUUAAGUGUAUCGCUAGAUUUUUACAUCAUGUUACCAUCCAAAAGAACAUUUGGUGCUUCAGAGCAUUUUCACUCUCGGAGCACGACCACCUCUCGUCUGUGUUGUGUGUGUUGUCUGUGUUGGUCGGCGAGAAACCCUGCAGAACACUUCCAGCUUUGAAAAAUUGUUUUUAAAUGUCAGUAAAAGCAUUUCUCUGUAUUUUUUAUAUCAUCUGAAAAUGAAUGGAACAUAAGAACAAUAAACUGAA